AUGACCCAAACCUCAGCUAAAAUUACCUCAGCUAAAAUUCAAGAUUCCCCGCCACCCGGAUACUCUGCCCCUCCUGAGUCCCUGCAGCCCGAGCGUCUUGAGGCGCCUCACACUGAAGAAGACUUUGUUGAAGAACAAGUUGGUGGAGGAAAGCGCUAUCAAGAUCCACCAGUGGAGCACACUCCUACAAAACUCCACAGUCACAUCAAAGCUAUGAACCAUGAUGCGGGUUUAGUGAAGGAAGCUUCUAUGCGUCGGGCCCGGCUUCUCAAUGAGGAGUUUAUGGCGGAUUCCAAUGGACAGGUACUUGAUACGUUGCUCGCUGAUGCUGAAUACUCAACCCCUCCUCAGCCUGCUCUUCGAGAGUGUUCGGUGCCUUUGCAGCUUCCUAUACAAGAUGUGUGUUACAAGGCUCCUCUUAUCAAUUCAUCUGAGAAUGCUCGCCCAGAUGGUGGCCAGCCUCCACAGCCCAACUUCUUUACGAAACCCUUGUUUCUACCACUGGAACAAUAUGACUUCAGUGGUAUGAUGUUGGGUUCCUUCGAAAAUGGCAGAGAUGACAACCACAUUGCCGGCUCAUCGAUGUUGCUACCUGCUGUGCCUCAGACUUACAUCACACCUCCUACUCCCACAGGGCCUGCAGAAUGGGAGGGUCAUCCUUACACUGAUGACUUUCCCAUGGAUGAUGCUUUCGACUUCCCCGUGGACGAUACAUCUGAUGUCAUCCCUACAGUGAAGGGGCGAAGAUUUCAGACAGCAAAUGCUGUGCUCCGAGAGGGAUUCGUGGAACUCGAACGUAUGAUUCAAGAUCUAAGUAGCAAAAAAGCCAUCCCCACUCAUCAGAUCGUCACACUUUGGAACAAGAGCCAUGCGUGCUCCACCAGUACUGUCAACCAUUGGAACACUUACAGUAGGUACUUCAAGGACCACCUCAAGGACGAGCUUGCGAGGCUCGGCAGGAGGGCCCCUGAGAUUCAUGGCACACCAAGUGCCACUGUGCGCCUUAAUUGCUAUGAACUCUUCAAGGCAGCAUUCCCGGACAAGUGGCAAAACAUCCUCGAGCUUCAUGAACAGUCAGUGAUGCUCCUGGGUAUUCCUCAGACGGUUGCCAUGCGGGGUCAAGAGUUCCAGAAAUUUGGCACAAAGAUCUCUGGCCUUAUGGACUCUGCAGCAGCUUGCUAUGGGUUUGAGGCUGCUUUUGUAGCGUGCGGGAAAGUCGUUAAUCAAGACGGCUCGCUGGGCCUAGCCCAUACGACACCUGGAGCUGAGGGUUUUUGGAAAUCGCGCUGUAGGGCUGAUGAAGAUACUAUCAUCGGUCACUUGAAAGCCCAGGUAUAUAACCUGACAUCACUCGGUGUCAUUGAAGAGGCCUUUGAUGAAGACAGCAUUGGGAUCGAGGCUAACGUACGCGGGGCUUCAGUCCCCCCUUCAGAAUCUCUUGACAUUUCCAAGCAUGGAAUCAAGUGGAUCAAGGAUGAGUUGCAUCAUCAAAUUGAUGCACUGGGCAGAAAACCAACGUCCAACAAGAUUUUUCCAUGGAAGACACUGCCAUCGGAGCUCACGCAUAUGUCAAUGAUCAUCAAAGGAUAUCUGGAGGACGUGCUCCUCCCAGGUGGUUUUCAUACCACCGUAAAUAAAGGUAUUGCAAACCUGACUCUGAAGGAGACCAGCAUUGUCAUUGCAGCCUUGAAGGCGGGGACCAUGAGCAUCAAAAAAAUUGCCGAAGCUAAGUGA